UCCGCCUGCUCUUCCAUGACCCAAUCAAGCGGGCUAUCCAUCAUUUGCCUCAUCGUUGAGCUUGAAGACUGAAUAUUGAUGGCCAGUUGUCGCAGGUUUUCCAAAUUCAGGACCAUUCGUUUCCAAAUGCCACCUGUCCGGCGGGUGUUGACCAACACCGAUGAAAGGUGGUAUCCUUCAACGAAUGGUUUUGCUUCUCGAACUAACAACUCCAAAUCACUGAUACAGUGCCCCAACCAUAAUACACGAUGAUAUAUCACGAAAUUCAACUAUAGAGGCACCAUGAAUUCUGUCUGAUUUGAGGAGGAAAGGCGGUUUACAUGGUGAAUAGCCUCCCGCGAACAUCUGAUUGACAAGUGUUGCUGUUUUAAAAGUCGUCGCACUAUUGGAAACCCUACAUCCUAGUCUUCCUCCCCAAAUGGCACCUACAGUAACCCUCCGAGGUUCGCAAAACGGCGAGACUCACAUCUUCAUCGUACGGGUAGUGAGCUCUUUCAUCAUAACAGCCUUCCACUUCCUACUAUAUGGCCUUUACAUCCCUCUCUUCCGCACCUCGCUUAACCUGAUGAAAAAGCGACCAUCAUCCCGCGCACAAAUGUUCCACAAAAUAGCACUGAUAGUUUUAUUCACCUUGGCAUCGGUUGCCGUACCGCUGGGUCUGACGUUUGAUAUCUACCACGUCGCCGUUGCGUAUUACAGCAAUCCAAACCCGUAUUACAAGACUCAGAUUGAUAUACAGAUUGCACGAUACGUUAUCAUCUACGUCAUGAUGUUGUUCAUUGACAGUAUCUUGAUAUUCCGCUGUUUCGUCAUCUUUGGGUAUCAAAAGAACAAAUACGCUCUUUCAGUUCUCAUCGGCCUAGUCUUCAUCUUCAAUAUGCUCGGCAUGAUUUUCUCAAUUUGGACAGAAAUCGAAUUCUGGAGAAGGAUAGGAACUCCUGCUUUCUCACAUUUCGUGAAUAUCCCACAAUACCUCGCGAAUGGUUUCCUGGGACUUCUUGCAUUGAUUAAUUUCAUACUUACGACCCUUCUUGCUACGCGAAUUUGGUGGCUAUUGCGGAAGAACCGGGACAUACGGUAUACAAAGAGCCCUAUGAAAGGGCUCAGUACCAUCGUUGCCAUUCUGCUUGAGUCGGGUUUGAUUUACCUACUCAUGUAUGUCGUAUUUAUCAUCGGGAACCUCGUCAAGAAUUCCUUUGAUUUGGGAUCUAUGAUGAUUCAAAUCGGGGGAAUUACCCCGACACUCAUCUUCGUUCGCGCCAAUAUGAAUGGAAGGUCGACAGAUCCCGAAGAAGACCGUGAGGAUGGUAGUCAUAGACUCCAGACUCAGUCAAAUUUUAGUAGUCGAUCCGGAAGGUCGUUUUUAGAGGGUACUAGCUAUAAUAAAUAG